UCGGGGGAGGCGCUGGCUCCGGAGAUGGCAGUGAGCGAGAGGAGGGGGCUCGCCCGCGGGAGCCCCGCGGCUGGCGGGGGGUCGCGGCUCCUCCUGCUGCUGCUCUGGGGCUCCUGCUCGGGCCGCAUCCACCGGCUGGCGUUGACGGGCGAGAAGCGAGCCGACAUCCAGUUGAACAACUUCGGUUUCUACACCAACGGCUCCUUGGAGGUGGACCUCAGCCUUCUGCGCCUGGGCUUCCAGGAGAAGGACGAGAGGACCCCAGAGGUGGGCUUCAGCCUGACCCGGGUUCGAUCUGGCAGCAUUCGCUCCUACUCGAACCGGAACCCCCUGGACUGUCCUCUCCUGAAAAACAGUAGCAACUUCCUGGUCCUUUUCCUCAUCGACAGAAAGGGGCAGCGAGUCCAGGUGCGGAAGUAUGGGGAGCAGAAGAAGCUGUUCAUCUUUCCCGGGCUUCUGCCAGAAACCCCCCACGAAACGGGGCUCCCCACUGCCCCACACACGGUGGCCACCCCCAAGGCGGAGGGCGGGACCAAAACGGAGAUGCAGACCAAGGGUCAGUCCCAGCCCACCAUGUCUGAAGGAGGGCAUCAGGCCGUAGGACCGGAAGGCGUAGGGGCCCCCCACCGUGCUAGCCCCGGUGGACAUCUGUCCCCUCGGACACCCAGCGGGAAGGACACCGAGCUGGUGCUGGACCUGAGCCAUCGCAACGACACCUACAACUUCAGCUUCCACGUGGUCAUUGGCUCCAGCUCCGAGGAAGGCCAGUACAGCCUCAACUUUCACAAUUGCCACAACCUGGACCCCAGCAAGGGGCAACCCUUUGACAUCACGGUCAUGAUCCGGGAGAAGAACCCCAAUGGCUUCCUGUCCGCCUCCGAGAUUCCGCUCUUCAAUCUCUACAUGGUCAUGGCCGCCUGCUUCCUGGCCGCCGGGAUUUUCUGGGUGACCAUCCUCUGUAGGAACAGCUAUAACGUUUUCAAGAUCCACUGGCUCAUGGCGGCCCUGGCCUUCACCAAGAGCAUCUCCUUGCUGUUCCACAGCAUCAACUACUACUUCAUCAACAGCCAGGGCCACCCCAUUGAGGGCCUCGCGGUCAUGCAUUACAUCACACAUCUCCUGAAGGGGGCCCUCCUCUUCAUCACCAUUGCCCUCAUCGGCUCGGGCUGGGCCUUCGUCAAGUACGUGCUGUCCGACAAGGAGAAGAAGCUCUUUGGCAUCGUGAUCCCGCUGCAGGUGCUGGCCAACGUGGCCUAUAUCAUCAUCGACUCCCGCGAGGAGGGCGCCAGCGACUACAGGCUGUGGAAGGAGGUGCUGUUCCUGGUGGACCUCCUCUGCUGCGGUGCCAUCCUCUUCCCGGUGGUCUGGUCCAUCCGGCAUCUCCAGGACGCCUCGGGCACUGACGGGAAGGUGGCAGUGAACCUGGCCAAGCUGAAGCUGUUCCGGCAUUACUACAUCAUGAUCAUCUGCUAUGUCUACUUCACGCGGAUCAUCGCCAUCCUGCUCAGGGUGGCCGUGCCCUUCCAGUGGCAGUGGCUGUACCAGCUCCUGGUGGAGGCCUCCACGCUGGCUUUCUUCGUGCUCACGGGCUACAAGUUCCAGCCGGCGAGGGACAACCCCUACCUGCAGCUGCCUCAGGAGGACGAGGAGGAUGUGCAGAUGGAGCAAGUAAUGACCGAUUCUGGGUUCCGGGAAGGCCUGUCCAAAGUCAACAAAACCUCAAGCAGGCGAGAACUGCUGUGACGUCAGCACCCCGGGCCAGAAGACCUCACUAGUGAAUACCUCUUGUCGCACAAGUUCCUGCCCUUCUCGAAGCAUGAGUGAAGCCGACGGCCGGCCCUACCCCUGCGCCCACACAGGGGGCCCCAAGUCCCCGAAGCCCCCUUAGACAGACGUCACAGUCCCCUCCCCCCUCCCCCCAAAGACCGGCAUUCCAGCCCCCCAGCCCGGAACUCCCCUCGCCCCAACAUUCCAGCUGUAUAAUAAUGACCGAUCUU